AAGAGAAGGCGCAGCAUACCUGAGGUGGUAAACGAAAUAGAAAUCGAAAAAGACUGAAGUGAGUGGAAAAUGUGGCUGAAUUGCGGGAAUUGUCUGGCUAUAUUGAUAGACCAAUGUAGAACUAUCAGACAGUAAAAUAAUUACGCCUUCCAUCCCCACACAGUAAAAAUAAGCAAAAUAUAAAACAUAAAUAGACUCUUAUUUAAUGUGAGUCAAGUGAGUGUGUGUUAGUGGGUCUGUGGUUAUAUGGUGUUCCCAGUGCCAGCAGAUCAGCUGAGUGUUAGCACCAAAGACGGAGCGCGUCCAUCUUUUGGACUGACUCUACAAACAAUAAUGUUGCCCUUUGGAGGCAAUGAAGCUGGUUGCAGAAGUUUGGGCGGUAUGAGCAACUGUGAAUGCUUUCGUUUGAGGCCUUCCCCUGCCCACGAUGCAAAAUGGCGCCGGGCCGACCUUCAAGACACAUUUCGGGAACCACUAGCCACCAGACUUUGGUUCCAUCUCCUGGCAGAUUGUGAGCUUGAGACCUGUUGGAACGCUGUUGACCCGCCACAAGCUGACGGUGAUAUCGGGAAGGAUGACGGAGCAUCGGGCGGUCGGUGGAGUUCAAGUGGAAUGUGCAAAAAAUGCUUUCCCCUGCCAUCCGCAAAAGUGGGCUCAAGCCCAACAUCAGCCCAGAUUUUGGAAAACUGGACAUGGGCAGAUCCACCAGGCAGGGCGAAUAUUCUACGAUAUUUUGAAGAGUUAUCGCGCGAGGAUCACUGGACGGCGUGUGAAUCUGCUCGCACUACGCUCUGGUCGCGAAGACUACGACAACAACUUUUAUUGGCCGAACGCUUUUUCACGGCUCAAGGAACUCUUGCUGUUAGUGAUACCCAUUUUGGGUUCUCCGUCAAAGCGCCCACCCGGACCGGAACUGCGCCCCCUGCAUCGAUACCGAAGCAGCCAUCAACUGAAAACCAACCGGCAGGACCAUCGGGUGCUGUGGGCGGUAUGCAAACGACUGCACCGGACUUGACGCCUACAGAGGCGCUUGCUCGACUGGGGUCUAAAGCGGCCUUAGGUUUUGCGUUUGCGUUUUUAAAACGCGCUUGGCGUUGCGGAGAAGAUGGUGAUCUUUGCGCAGACCUACUGAGGGAUGCCCUUCACGCUUUGCGGGUUCUUCCUGCGGGAACUCUAUUUCGACAUGACAAUUCCGUGUGGUUGGAAGUCAUUGCUAUGAGCCACAAAUUCCUUCGGAGCGUCAUUCUUGACGAACUGAACAUGACGGUGCCCGAGGGAGAUCGGCAGCUGGCGCUUCGACUCCUGUUUGAGUUGGUCCUACAACAAGCAGGAUUGCAACAAGUGUUAUCGGCUGUACAGCUAUUGUGGACUUUAUGGGGUCGCGCUGACAACAGACAGCCAGGACAAAUGUGCGCCUCUCUUCUUUCUGUCCUACAACGCUUUCAACAAAUCGCCUCUGCAAGCCAGUGGCCUACAGAUGAUGAUGGCUGGUUAUCAAUAAAUCCCAACCGUGCCCUCCUGGACUUUCUACAACUCCCGAGUGCCGAAUCAGAAGCAGAGUGUGAACAGCUACCCGUUGACCUUAAGCAGUGCGCAAUGCUGAUCAUGGCUUUGCUGGACAAGAUGGCAGCACCUCAUCUACCCAGAGCUUCAAAACGAACCUUCUGCGUACCGGAUACGGAACGGGAUGGUGUUUCGUGUCAGGAAGUCUUCUAUUGGGGCAAUGAGCGUCUCUGUAGCGGAAUGGCAAAGACCCUCACUCCAACUCGUCUUGACGAUCUUCAUCUGACAAUCAAGACGGUUGUUUUUUAUGAGGCGUACCUGCUCAUACUAGCCAAAGAUGGACGCAUCUACCGACAGGACUAUGAUGCAUUGUUUCUUUAUCCGUGUCAAUUGGUAAAUAUCAAGGAAAAAAUGUCUCAGUUAGCUAUUACUAUAAGCGAGAUCUUUGCCGUGUCGGAGGAAGGCAAACUCUACAAGUGGUCCCUUAGCGACGCAAGGGACGUUCGAGUGGUGGGCGUUCUUCCUGAUAUGGUGGAAUCGAUAAGCGCCUUUGGAGAAAACGUACUAGUUCUUUGUGGACCCGGAAACGGAGCGAAGACAACGCCUGGGUCGGCUCCUGGAGGAGUGCAAAGAUUAUUCGUACUUAAAACACUUGAAGAUAUCUCAACCGAAGUACGCUGCCCCGAUUCCCUUGGCACGACGGUUAGACUAAGCAAGGUUGUUAUUGGCAAUGGGGUUAACCUCGCCCUCACGCAACAUGGAGGAUUGUACAUGUGGGGCACGGAUCAACCAUUUCCCGAAUUGAGCUGCUUACACAAAUGUGUCGCCGACGUUUUUUCCGGCCACGGUAAAUGCAUAGCAUUGCAUAAGGAUGGCUCUUUGUACAUGUGGACAAGUUCAUGCCACUCGCCAGUGCAUCUCGAAGGUCUGUUAGGCGGUGUGAAAGCAAUUCAUGUGGCAUUAGGCCCAACUCGGUGUAUCUUUGUCGGCGAAGACCUCUCGUACUGGCUUUGGGACUAUCUUGAGCCUAAAACCACGGAACUGGACGUCUUAGCUGGGUUGCCGUUUGGAGGAGCUUCUGUUGGCCACGGCUCGAUGAUUAUGUGGAGCGAGGCAAGCACUCCGAGUGAGCCAAAAAUGCUUCCAUUCGUAUUGGAUUUAUCACUUGCUUCGGCUGAGCAUCUUGAACGAAUUUUAGCGAUAUGUAAUGGCACCGAAGAAGCGGACGCUCCAUUGGGUCAGGAAAAAGAGUCGAUGUGUGUCGCUGCCUUACAUCUAGUGACACUGCAAUUGCACACUAUGCACAUCCAUAAAGUACAUGUGCAAGGACUCGAACCCGGACAUAGCAAGGUCCUCUCGGCCUUGAAACAACGGAUCCUGGCCUUAGCAAGCUCAAUAACGUGUUGCAACGAGAGUAUCCGUUUAGCAGCGGCACAUUGCCUCUCGUUCUGUUGGCGUGUCCUUCUACCUUCGGCCGACGAACGCGCUCGAACGUUAUCUCUUUUGCUACCUCAAAGAUCGAACUUUCUCAUAGGUCUUCUUGUAGAGAGUUUGAUGUGCGAUGGCGCCCUGGAAUCAUUCGUGUACCGCGCCCAGUUUGAACAAGUCGCCUGCGCGAACGAACUCACAGAACAGGACUGCCGCGUGGCCAGCGAACAUUUAACAGAAAGCGCUCAAGCCGAAGCCCAGCAUAAACGGCCCCAGUUACCGCUUCUCUAUCUCGUACGGCAACUGUUACGAUCCAUUGCUCAAAGCACGCUCCAACAGAUGGACCCCUCACAUCUGUACGAACAACAACAGCAAUUCGUAAUGGAGGUCGAUCAGCAAGCCCCGGCGUUCGAAGGAGUGGCUAUUAAGUUUUUGCUCAAGUUUCAACGCAUUCUCUUUGCCGAGUUGAUGAACAUGCCAGAAUCAACGAAUGCCUCAAGCGACGAAGCUUCUGGGGAACAUCCAACGAUGGCUUUGCUUGUGCGGUACACAAAACUUCUUGUGACUCAUUGUGAGCAGAUCCUCGAAGCAUGCCAAAUGUAUGGGUCGACCGUGUCUCGUUACGUCUAUACCCUACACAAGAUAGUCGCUUCAACGAACUCGAUUGUAGGCACACUCCUUCCAGAGUUUGUGAUCUCGUGUCUCGUAUUAGAAACCGGGCGGUACCGACAUCGUGUAACCGCCGAAUUGGCAACCCUCGUCGAACCGCUUCUCGAUCAGCUCGAUGCCGUCAACGGAAGAUCACCGGCUGCAUCUAAAGAGGACGCUGAGAACUUGUCCUGGACAGGCCUCAACUCCCUCACCUGCAGCGCUAAAGAAAGGGUCGCCGCUGCAUCAGCUAUGGAGCAAACUAUGAAUAGUCAGCCACAGCGGCUGAUCCGGAAGUCUGAUUUGGAGAAUGUGAAACGUGAAGGCACUUCAGUGUGGAUCGUGAUCCGGGGUUUAGUCUAUGACGUGGGUGCCUUCAGCGCCUUGUCGCCACCCUGUGGCGAAGCAGCUAUCAAUGCCUUAAAUGGCGAGGAUGCAAGUAAAGCGUUCGAAGCGCGUCCGCAUUCUCAAGAAGCUCGGGCACUCCUCCAAAGCAUGGCGAUCGGCACGCUUCUUGACUCCGAGAACGAUCCCGUUCUCGAAUGCGAUGUUCACUCAUUUGGUUCACCUUUGGCGGACACUGAAUACGCAUUAGCUUAUUAUCUUGCUCUGAAUUCAAAAAAUUCUGCUUCGGUCGAUGCGGAAGCGGAAAAGACUAAUGUUCAAUAUUGGUUGAAGAGUCCUCUGUUUCUUGGUGGCCUAUAUAAACUGAAAUUUGAAGAGGAGAAGGGAGAGGUACGAAGUUGUGCAUCCAGUAAUUCUACAUCUCCUACUGAUGAAAAACAAUCAAGAGCAUGCGCCCAGCUUGACAGCGAUCUUUUUCUGAAUGCCUUAGCAACGAGCUCAGAUUCAGGCACCAUACCAUCACUUGAAAGGUUCCUUUGUUUGUGGAUCACGUACGCCAAACAGGAACGAUUGUCGCUUCCUUUAGAGCUCCCGUUAAACCACCCAAUUGAAGAGUUAUCGCGCCUACUUAUGGCCGUUUUACUUAAGCAUACGGGAGAAACGAUUAAUGCCAUGGGCGUUAGUGUACCUCUUGACUUCAGCGAAGCUGUGAAGACGUUUAUCAAGACCAUCCAACAGCUGAAAUGGUCGCUGAUAAAAACGCGCCAGGAUACUGGCGGAUCAUACAAAGAGGUCUGUUUUCCUGUUGCAGAACGAAGCCGCUUUCUGCUGUAUGAGGUACGGCCAGCAUUUGAGGCUGAACCCUUUUUGGCGGCUCCAUGCACUUCUCUUAGGUCUCGUUGGGUUUGGGCUUUUGACAAAAUACGAAACAUUCAACGAAGUCCCGAACUCGAAAGUGCUCCUUCUGAGCUGGAUUGGCGGAGCCUCAUGCACUGCGUGCAAGAGUUCGUGCUUCAGAGCGACGGUCAGCUGACAGACCUCGAACAGCUCCGAAAGCUUUACUUUAAACAGAAUGCAGUGGCAGUUAUACAACAAGCUGGUCUUGAGAGAAUGUUACAGCUAUUUUCGAAAAACGACUAUCUCACUUCGACCAAGUAUGCGCUUCAUUGCGGUUGGCAAGAUUUGCUGAAGAUCUCACAGACGUCAAUGACACAAUAUUGCCCAGAACUGACCCUUAUCUACCCCAAGCAACGGCGACAACUUCGAAAAACAUGUUCGAACCUAUUCGAUUGGUGUCUUCAGGAACUGCGCAAGCUACUCGUCGAAUGUAUUGGUGCGGACGGUGCCUACGGUCCAUCAAAUCGACAAACCGCUACAAGCAAAUUAGUUUCUUUGGAUAGUGCAACUGGCUGGUCACUAACAUCGCCUGCAGUGUUCACCCGAUGUAGACUUCUCAUAUGUCUUUUAGCGUAUCUCCUCAAGGGGGUGACUCGUCACCUCGAUCUCUUUCUUUCAAAAAAUAUCACGGCGCAUUUGCUGACGUUGCUUCGUCUGCUUGGCCCGGACCCUAACGUGUCAUUUGUCACCCAGAACAUGUCGUUGUCAGCGGUUAUGGAAGAAUCGGUCAAAAAGAGGGCAAAAGCUAUCGGCGCCCCCUUCCUCUCAGGCCCGGAGUUAAUUGCCAUGAUGAAGAUUGGCACACGGGUACGCCGAGGCCCUGACUGGAAAUGGGGCAACCAAGAUGGAAUACCCCCAGGCGAAGGUCGCGUUAUUGGCGAACUGGGCGAUGACGGAUGGAUCCGUAUUCAGUGGGCUACAGGGACGACAAACUCGUAUCGCAUGGGAAAGGACGGUAAGUAUGACCUGAAGCUAGCCGAAGGUCCGGAAAGAUUUUUGCUGGGACAGGUUGGUCCCCAGGCGGACAGCCCUUCCUCGUCUGAGCCCGAUUCGCUGGUCGACGAAGAUACGUAUCAGCCACCCCAACGACCCAUCACGAUGCUGCACACAUCAACUGUUAACCUUCUGCGAGCUCUCCCAUUGGCUGCCGCAGCUUUUCCCGUUCAUGGACAUGGGAGAUUGGCUCCGCAUAAUAUCAGGGCGCUUUCUAAGCUGCUGUAUAAUAUUAUUGCAAGCGGCUUUACAAACAUCUCAGAGAUCACCGAGAAUCGUUGGUUGUUCGAAGAGCAAUGCUACAAGUGGUGCAACUUAAGCUAUGUGCGUGCUUGCUUCGAGAAUCGGGCCUUUUCCGCAAGUCUCGCGACAGCGAUGUGGAUAAAGCUGAUCCUUUCUGUGGUCGCCAAAUUUCAGCCUACAAGCCUUACGUCGCAAAUACAAGCAUUACGUUUGCUAGAGGUGGCAGUGCCCCAUUGGCAGUGUACGGCCGAAGAGCGCACCGGGUUCGUUAAGAAACUACUUCAAGUCGUUGGGACCUGCUUGACAGAGGCGUGCGCGAGAGACCCGACACUGCAGCUCAAAGCUGCCCCUGGAUCUCUCCCUAAAAUACGCGUUUGUCUUACGGCCAGUCACAGCUCGAGUGUUGCUGAAGAAUGUAUUGCCUUGCUGCGCAAACUUAGCGUGCUGCCAGACUGGAUGGAUACGAUAUCAACUUUCCUAACUAACAACAUGACCGCGAUCGUGUGUUCGGCUCAAUUUAAUCACAUGGCUUUCGGGGAAGAUUUCAAACUUGAGCUGGCUUUAUUCGGACUCUUAGGACAGGUGGACUCCCGAUUGCGUUUGGGAUCAUUGGUGGAGCAUGUCGAAUUUUCAGACGAGGACGAGGAAGAAGUGAGCACGGGUACGGUCUGCAAAAUCGGAAUUAAAGGAAAAAUCGGAGUAACAGCAGGGUUUGAACGUAGUACUCACCUCCUAACCAAUCUUCGAGUGUUACCGCCGCCUCCUUUCAAUUUACGAAGCUUCGUCGGUAAAAGCUUCGGAAAUUACCGAAGGACGUGCUUACUACUACGAACCGCUAUCACGUUAACAGAUAUUCCUUCAGGUUCACAACCAGAAGCUGUUAUCCCGAUACAAUAUAUGUAUAGCUUACUGCGAUCUGUCAGCUGUCUUUUAUAUGACCAAUCAACGUUAAGGAAUGCUCUCAAAUGCGAAGAUAUUCUGGAAAGGGUUUUCAGUGUGGCCAUUAGGCCUUCGCCUUUACGGGCUGUUUUCUCCAAACAGGAAAUUGAAACAGCAGUGCUAACCACGAUUCAGCACCUUGUAGGCCAAAUGUUUGCGCCUGUCAAUCCAAUUGAAAGAAGCACUUCGCCGGAGCCCACAACCAGUCGCAAUGUACGAACUCGAAGUGCGCAUUCCAGGCCAAACUCAGCUUUGAUGGCCAGUAUAAAUCAGCCCCAACUACUCGAGAUGGGCUUUUCUCAAAAGAACAUUGAGCAGGCGGUUAAAGCUCUCUUAGUUCAACAAAACGAUAAUGCAACCUGCUUAAUGCAAGGCCUUACCGGGACAAGUCCUAGUCCGGAGAGUAUUGUGUCGUGGCUACUUGAACAUCAGGACCAAUUAUUCGAGAACUACUCAGACCAAGUUGAGGAAUGCGAUUCUAGCUCAUUUGAAGAACAUUCUUCAAGUAGCAGUCUAUCGGAGAUAGACAUGUCCGAUACCCUUACUGGAAUAGCGAAUACUGAGAACAUGUACCGGAGACGUUUUGAGUUCUUUAGUGACCAUGACUAUGCUCGAUAUGUCAAAGACUGCAUUCAGGUCGGCAUGGCAGUGCGGUGCUGCCGGGCUUUUGAAAAUAUCCAGGAAGGCGACGUUGGAGAUGUGGUUAGCUUAGACUUUGACGGCCUGCAUGAUCUUAAUGUCAAGGUGAAUUGGCAGAAGAGAGGAAAUUAUAGCUACUGGGUCCGUUACGUCAAUGUUGAGAUACUUGAAAGUGUCCCCGGAAAAAUCAAGCUCGGCGAUCUAGUCAGAGUGAGGCCAUCGAUAAGUAACCCUCGCUAUCAGUGGGGAUCAGUAACGCACGCGAGUGUCGGUACUCUUGUCGACAUUAAAGGUCAACGGGUGACCGUGUACUUCCACGAGCAGCAUUCAUGGAUUGGGUUAAUGCGAGAAAUCGAGCUAGUCAGCACUAGUCCGUGUGGUGCACGUCGUCUUAGCAGCCGUAUUAGUUGCAAGAAAAAAACGCAAAGCCGUGAAGGCGAGCUAUUCUACGAGCCGACUGAAUGCAUAAAAAAUUUUACCGUGUCCUCAGGAACAAUGACGGCGCACCACCUGUUUGAAACGAAUCAGAAGGCUUGGCAGAGUACUGGGGAGCAAUGCCCCCAUUGGAUUCGUCUAGAGAUGAACGAAAAUGUGGCUAUUGAAAAACUGGCCAUGGACGUAGACCCAGUUGACUUGUCUCACAUGCCAUCGUUUGUCGUGGUGUCAGCCGGCCAAUCGUUACAACAUCUCAAGCCGCUUCAGGAUCUGCUUAUCGGGCCAACAGAUACUAGGGUAACGCUUCUUGAGGAUCAAAGCAAAUACUUCCGCUUUGUCGAAAUUCGUAUCAAACAAUGUCGAAUUGUAGCAAUCGACUGCAAGGUGCUUGGAUUAAUAAUAAUCGGACGUCACAUCCAGUCAACAAACGAUGCGGCGAAUUACCCGUUCCUAGCUCACGAGUCUGACAUUGAAAGCAAAGGGAUUACGACGUCAACAAAUGGAACAUCAGUCAGUGGGCGAGCAGGCCCAACAGGAGUACGAGAAAAUAUCGAGUGCAAAGUCUUCGUGUGGGGCCUGAAUGACAAAGAUCAACUCGGUGGCCUCAAAGGAAGCAAGAUCAAAGAGCCGAGAUACAGCGAAGUCAUUUCAGCCCUUAAACCAGUGGAUAUUGCAGGUGGUUCGAAGAGCCUCUUCAUUGUAUCUCACGACGGCAAAGUGUACGCCUGUGGUGAAGGUACUAAUGGGCGUCUGGGGCUUGGCCAUUCCCACAACGUGGCUACACCUAAACCGCUUGUCGAGUUAAGUGCCUACUUUAUCAAGAAGGUGGCCGUACAUUCUGGAGGACGGCAUUCGCUCGCGCUUACCAUGGACGGAAGAAUCUUCUCAUGGGGUGAAGGAGACGACGGAAAACUAGGCCACGGCGACAAAAUAUCGUACGACAGACCUAAGCUAGUCGAAGCACUAAAAUGCAAACGAAUCAGAGACGUCGCUUGCGGAAGCUCUCACUCGGCAGCGGUAACGUCCAGUGGAGAACUAUAUACGUGGGGCAGUGGCGAAUAUGGACGUCUUGGUCAUGGCGAUAACGUCACGCAAAUGAAACCGAAACAGGUGAUCGCACUGGCCGGCGAACGCGUCGUGCAGGUGGCCUGCGGAAGUCGAGACGCACAGACCCUCGCGCUGACUGAACGUCGUUGGGUGUUUUCUUGGGGAGAUGGAGAUUUUGGAAAACUUGGCCGAGGAGGUAGCAACGGUUCAGCGCUGCCGCAUAAUAUCGACACUCUCAAUGGUCAUCACAUUGUACAAGUGGAGUGUGGAGCGCAGUUUUCGCUGGCGCUAGCAAAGAAUGGCCGCGUUUGGACGUGGGGUAAAGGCGAUUAUUUUCGACUCGGACACGGGUCUGACUCGCAUGUGCGAUGGCCUCAGUUGGUUGAUGAACUGGUAGACAAGGUUGUCGUACAGGUAGCCGUCGGAGCGCUACAUUGUAUCGCAGUUACGGAUCGAGGUGAAGUAUACGCUUGGGGUGAUAACGAUCAUGGACAACAGGGGAAUGGAAACACAACUGUAAACCGAAAGCCAGCUUUGGUCAAAGGUAUUGAGGGGGUUACCAAAGUAGCUUGCGGUUCCUCGCACUCGGUGGCUUGGUUCUCCGCCGACUAUUCCCCACAGAAACUGUAUGAUCCAAUACUGUUUCCAAUUGUCAAAGAUCCUCUUGGGGAGACACUGCUUAUCAAAGAUCAGGCCGGCACGCAAGAUGCUGGCUUAGGUUAUGGCAUUGGCGAGCACGGAGAAAAUCUCUCCCAGGCUUCCGUUCACAAGCAAGGGUCCGCGCGAAUGCAGAUUCAAAUAGAUCGACCAUCACUCAGCAGAAUUUUUCUAUCACUUGACUCGCCCCAGGCGAAGAUCGACGCUCUUCUGCAUGCGGUCCAUGCUCUGCAAAUUCUAACAGCAAGGGAAAUUAUAUUGGCGUCUUUAGCGCCUCAGACGCAGGCUACAACGUUACAAGCGUGCCAGUCAUCUUGUAUGGGGGCGAAUGCGGCCACAGGGUUGUCUCGCGAGCCGUCGCUAUCUCGGUGUGAAAGCAGUGAGCGUAUUCUUUCGCGGGAGCCCAGCGAAGAACCACCAUCAACAACGCUAUCACCAUUGCCAUCUUCGACGAGUCUUUCCUCCCGAGUAUCAGCUGCUAGCGUUUUGGCUGCGGCCACCUUUUCGCCUACUGAUGAAAAGGACACACUCACAGACGCGCAACAAACCGAAGUUGACAACUUCGUGUCUCGAAAUUUAGCUGACAAGACGCGUCAACUCGUGGAUCUUCUUAAGUUAACGUUAUGCGGUAGAGCUCCAUUCAGGGUUGGGGACGGGAUGAAUCCCCGAGAAGGCUGCGAUGUUCUCACGAGUGCCCUUUUGACCCUCGCGACCAGCAAUAUGACUGUGAGAGAGAUGCUGCUUGAAAUGUGCGUCACGGAAAUGGAAUACGUCUGCGUUGACUUUAGGGCGAAUUAUUGUUUCCCGCAGCCGGUGGUUCAAGAAAGCCCACAUCCCUAUAAGGACGACUCGGUUCUGACGGGCAACGUUAAAAUUCCCGGAGCCGACUCGCUUCGGGUUGAAUUUGAUCAGCAAUGUUCGACGGAACGACGCCACGACCCGCUUUAUAUCACAGAUUGGUGCGGUCGAAUUGUAGCAAAUCGUUCCGGUCGCGAGUGGUCCGAUUGGGCUGGGGAACUAGUUAUACCGGGCAACGAGCUUCGCUGGCGAUUCUGCUCCGACGGCAGUGUUAAUGGCUGGGGUUGGAAAUUCACUGUCUAUCCGAUCAUGCUGUCAAACCAUAAAUCACUCUACCAUGAACUAGAAAGCGUCUCGGAUCGAGCCGUCAUUUCGCGGCCGUCGAUCGGACUUGUAGUAUCUCUUCUAAGCUCACCGAAUCAAGUAUUGCUUACAAAAGCUCGUAAAUCUACCGUUCUUCGGCUUGCCGCAGCAUUUGCAUCAUGUGCCCAGCUGAACUAUCUUAGCUCGUCGCAGCGGAUGUGGAUCCUUGAAAAACUCCGCCAGUUGGUCACUUCAACAGCAGGCGGUCGGCGGCUCAAACUCAUGGCACAAAGUCCCAUCAGUCCCACAAUACCGCUUGUUCCAGAGGCGACGGAAGAUUCGGGCGCCAGCCAGACCGAUACAUUGGCCUUCGUUUCACUGCUUAGACAUCUGCCCGAAAUGUUGCUGCGUCAAUACGAGUAUGAAGAACCGCUCGUGCGGUCGGGGAAACAUUUGAUGCACACCCAGUUCUUCAAGGUACUCGUUGCUCUCGCAUGCGAUCUUGAGCUCGAUCAUGUUUGCACCACGGAAGGUCACCGAUGGAGCUGGUUUAAACGCUACUGUACGACAAGCCGUAUCGCACAUGCCUUAAUUAAUCGAAGAGAGUUUCCACCCUAUUUUAUUAAAGAAGUCAAGAGGAAACUUCAGGAACUUUUCCCUGAUGAGCCGUUUGAGGAAAGACUGGGCUUUGACAGUAACACCAUUUUUCGACAGGAGCAGGACGAGCAGCUAAUUCAGUGGGUGAACCGUUGUCCGGAAGAGUGGACUCUAUCGUGGGGCGGUUCCGGGGUUAUUUACGGUUGGGGUCAUAACCAUCGUGGACAGUUGGGUGGAGUCGAAGGCGCCAAGGUGAAGAAAGCAACCGUUUGUGAUGCCCUCACAGCACUCAGACCCGUACAGAUUGUAGGAGGUGAACAGACCCUGUUCGCUCUCACAGGCGACGGAAAAGUAUAUGCGACCGGCUAUGGAGCGGGGGGACGCCUCGGCGUUGGAGGUACCGAAAGCGUCUCAACACCGACACCCAUUGAUGGCCCAUUGACUCAUGUUGUCGUAACGCAAGUAGCUGUCAAUUCAGGGGGCAAACAUUGUUUGGCUCGGACAGAUACUAGCGACGUCUACUCAUGGGGAGAAGGCGACGACGGCAAGCUGGGCCACGGCACGAAAACCCACUGCGAAAAACCGCGACUUAUCGAGGCACUUCGUGGUAAACGUAUUGUAAUGGUUGCAUGUGGAGGUGCGCACUCAGCUGCGAUUUCAGCUUCCGGCUAUCUCUACACUUGGGGCAAAGGAAGGUAUGGUCGAUUGGGUCAUGCUGAUUCUGAGGAUCAGCUAAAGCCGAAGAAGGUCGAGGACUUAAUAGGGCAUAGUGUUGCUGAUGUGGCCUGUGGGAGUGGCGAUGCCCAGACCCUCUGCGUUACACGGGACGGAACCGUUUGGUCUUGGGGUGAUGGCGAUUACGGGAAAUUGGGCCGAGGUGGAAGUGACGGCUGUAAACAGCCUCAAAAAAUCGAUUCACUUCAGAAUGCGGGCGUCAUUAAAGUUGAAUGCGGCUCGCAGUUCUCUGUGGCGCUCACAGCUUCGGGCGUGGUGUACACAUGGGGUAAAGGCGACUACCAUCGACUGGGCCACGGCAACGAGGAACAUGUUCGUCGGCCACAACCGGUUGAAGGCGCGCUUCAGGGAAAACGGGUCGUGCAGAUUGCGGUGGGAUCGCUACACUGCGUUGCCGUUACGGACGAAGGUGAAGUCUAUACAUGGGGCGAUAAUGAUGAGGGCCAAUUGGGCGAUGGCUCAACGAACGCCAUCCAACGGCCGAAACAGGUGGACAGUCUAAAGGGCAAAAAGAUGAAUCGUGUAGCAUGCGGCUCCGCUCAUACUGUGGCUUGGUCCACCUCAAAGGUGCCCCACAAGAGCGUAGGCCAACUGCCUAGUCAGGUUCCAAUGGAAUAUGACCAUUUGAAGGGCAUCGCAAUCUCCGUGGUACGCAGCCGAUAUUGUCUAAUGUAUCUCUUCAACGAAAUGUUCUGUCCAUGUAUUCCGCUGUUGGAUCUCGCACCCGGUUCGGCGUUUAAUUCGCUCAAAGGCUUGUUAAUGCUGAGCGGCAAAGAAGGAUCAUUCCGUAAGGUGGUACAAAACACAAUGGUACGGGAUCGUCAACACGGCCCGGUGGUCGAGCUUAGUCGAAUGAGUAAUUCGCCAUCGAGAAAAACUGUUUUUGCACAGAUGGUUUCCAAGAUAUCGCUGCUGACACCGGAAUGCCUGCUCCUACCACACCGAGUAUGGAAAGUGAAGUUCGUCGGAGAAAGCGUAGACGAUUGCGGUGGAGGCUACAGCGAAAGCAUUGCCGAAAUGUGCGAGGAACUUCAAAAGAACAAUCUAUCAUUAUUAACGUUGACGCCAAAUGGCCGUGAAGAAGCAGGGACCUCUCGAGAUUGUUUCCUAUUUACUCCGCAUGCCACCGGAACAGCUCAGUAUCGGGAUUCGCUGCGAUUUCUGGGAAUACUUAUGGGCAUCGCUAUUCGAACUGGCAGUCCGUUGUCGCUCUCACUAGCUGAACCAAUGUGGAAGUUGCUUACUGGCGACCCACUAAGCGUAUUAGAUCUGAACGAAGUCGAUCGCGAUUACGUACCGGGUCUUAUGUACAUUAGAGAUCUGGACCGGGAGGCAUUUUCGCGGCUCGAAAACAUUCCUUUUAUGACACACUCGUCAGCGGGUCAUCAGGUGGCUUUAAGCUCCAAGUUUAGUCACGUCACCCUGGAAAAUAGAUUCGAAUACAUUCAAUCAGCCAUUAAGUAUCGGCUGCAUGAGUUCGACGAGCAAGCUGCCCUUGUUCGUGAAGGCAUGGCCCGCGUGAUUCCAGUUCCACUUCUUGCUCUAUUUACGGCCCGUGAACUCGAACUCAUGAUUUGCGGUAGUCCAGAUAUUCCCAUCAGUCUCCUGAAAUCAGUCGCUACGUACAAAGGCGUAGAAGUUGACGCUCCUCUGGUCGCUUGGUUCUGGGAAGUUAUGGAAGAACUCUCACAAGAAGAGCGUGGACUAUUUCUUCGUUUCGUGUGGGGUCGUACACGCCUACCGCGAACAAUCGCCGAUUUUCGUGGCCGAGACUUUGUUCUUCAAGUACUUGACAAAUACUCACCAGCGGAUCACUUCUUACCGGAGAGCUAUACAUGCUUCUUCCUAUUGAAGAUGCCUCGUUAUUCGUGUAAACUCGUGCUAAAAGAGAAACUUCGUUACGCCAUCUAUUUCUGCAAAUCAAUUGACACCGACGACUAUGCUCGAGUGGCAAUGGAAGCCGAGGCUAAUGCACCUGCCGCUGCAAAUGGCGGAGCUGAUGAUAAUCUCUCCACCGAGAGUUUUUCCGAGGUAGGAUCGUUUGGUGGAUCCAAUGAACAGCUACACCCGUUUUGGAGCCCCCAACCCUUAAUAUAGCCAACUAGUUAUAUACGGGCUGCAAAGCAUGGUGAUAUUUAGCGUGAGGCUGGAAGGCUGGAAACAACGGAAAGCGAAAAAAGAAUGCUACUUCUUCGCAAAUAUCAGUACGGACAUUAUGUAUGAAUGUUUACUAGGGAGGAUUAUCAUGAUAAAGACAAGAGAGAGGAAACACAAGAACUACUAGUAGAGACAACAAAUCUGUCAAAAAUAGAUUAAAUGCGCUUGAAAUAGUCAAGGAAAAAGGGCCGUCUUAGGCAUUUGAUGACGUUAUGUAUCUGAGUGGCUAGUAUGUAGCUUACGAUGAAGCUACCGGAAAGUUGACCCAGCUCUAUCAGCUUUGCAAUGUAAAUUUGAUAUAGAAGUCUUUGCAAGACGCAGAUGAAUAGCGUGAAAUACUAGAAAAUGAUAUAUGUAUGUGGUGGAACUGUGGCUACACCUAUAGGAACACUCCUAUCAUCACAGUAAUACCACCAAAAAGGAUGGCAUUUGCAUGAAGUUUACAUACAUACUUGAAGUUGCAAAUCUGCGCUACGUACGUAGCAUAAAUAAAAAAUUGCAUGCGUAUAAAGCAACCGUAGUUAAAAUAUAGCUAACAAUAGGGAUAUGAUUGGGUUUAGUGAGUAGCUGUAAAGAUACCGAUAGAAACAAAAAUAAUAACAAUACCAGUAGUAGUACCAUUAGUAACGUAUGCUUAAUACAUAGUUCCUUAGUUAGGCCGAUGUAGGCAGGAAAGUACACGUUCUUGGGUAUGAAAAAUAACAGCAGUUCUAUACUACUUAAUAAAGUAAUGAUAAUAAUAAUAAUAAUAACUAACCAAAGACAAAAAAAAAACUCUUUAAAAGCAAAGGUCUUGCAUGCAUGGCGCAAGUACAUUCUAAUAAAAAUGCAGUCACAAUGGGGAAAGUGCACCAGAUGAAGCUAUUACUCGGAAACGUUAUUACGUUAAAAUGUUGAAUUUGUGUGAUCUGAGAGGAAAAGAGACUUUAUUUCUAUUUUUUUUUGACGUAUUUUAUAUGAAACUUUCCGCUGAACAAGAGACUAUGUGCAAAGCGCCAAGCAGUCUACAGCGAAACUGCCUUUUUUUUUGUUAUAAUUCACUUCCACAGUCUUUUUUCAACCGUCAUCGUGAUUCGGCUACAGCCUGAUGGGUCAGUCGAGAAGCAAUUUAGAAGUCGCUUGAGCUGACAAAUCGAUACAUUUUUUAACUAUACCUCUGAAGUCUCAAAUAGGUUUUAUGUAUGUAAGGAUCGAGGAUAUGUACGGAUUAAUCCUGGGCUGUUUAUAUAUAAGAAUCACUACACUGAUCCACUCUCGGGUAAGUGUUUUUGUCAAUUCAUCAACUUUAGCUAUUUAUCGUGAAUACAGAAUCUGAAUUUUAAGCUAAAUCAAUGG